AUGGAUCAACCAGCACAAGCCCUCGCCGCGGCGCAUAUCUUGUAUGCGAGAGCGAACAGCACAAGUACGGCGAACCCGGCCCAAGAGUCAAGGCCUCCCAUAUACAAGGCGAUUGGGAUAUCGUUGGCAGUAGCAUCGGGCCUGUUUAUUGGAGUGUCGUUCGUGCUGAAGAAGAUCGGGUUACUGAAGGCAAACGAAAAAUACGGCGAGGUUGCGGGUGAAGGCUAUGGCUACCUCAAGAAUGCGUUCUGGUGGACCGGGAUGACACUCAUGAUUAUUGGGGAGAUCUGCAACUUUGUAGCAUACGCAUUUGUCGACGCUAUACUGGUCACACCUCUGGGGGCCUUGUCUGUCGUCAUUACAACAAUUCUCUCGGCCUUCUUCCUGAAGGAACGAUUGAGCAUGAUCGGGAAAAUUGGGUGCUUCUUGUGCAUUGUAGGAUCAGUGGUCAUUGUUAUGAAUGCACCCUCCGAGUCUUCUGCUGCAACUAUCCAGGAAAUGCAACACUAUGUGAUUGCACCAGGCUUUCUCUCCUAUACUGGAGUAGUCAUUGUCGGCUGUAUUUUUACUGCAGUCUGGGCCGGACCACGGUAUGGAAAGAAGUCCAUGCUGGUAUAUCUGUCAAUCUGCAGUUUUAUCGGAGGCCUGAGUGUAGUGGCUACACAGGGUCUCGGAGCAGCCAUUGUUGCGCAAAUAGGGGGUACCCCACAGUUCAACCAGUGGUUUCUCUACGUUUUGUUAGUUUUCGUCAUCACGACACUUGUGACUGAAAUCAUAUACCUGAAUAAAGCACUUAAUUUGUUCAAUGCCGCGUUGGUUACACCGACAUAUUAUGUUUAUUUUACGAGCACCACAAUCAUUACGUCCGCGAUCCUCUUCAGGGGAUUUAAAGGAACCCCGACUUCCAUCGUCACGGUUGUCAUGGGUUUCUUCGUCAUCUGUGCUGGAGUCGUCCUCCUCCAGCUCUCGAAAUCUGCCAAGGAUGUCCCAGAUACAGCUGUCUUCGCUGGUGAUCUUGACCAAAUGCGAACGAUAGCUGAACAGGAACAACCAGAGUCCGAACCCAAAGCCGAUGCCAUCCGAGGAACAGCAGCCAUUGUCCGACGCUUGUCAUCCGCGAGACAGAAGAUGGAACUCGAUGAGGCAAGGAGAUUGCACGAGGAGAAACUCCAAGAUCUCGAGCCUAUUGGUGAAAAUGAGCAGAUUGAAUGGGACGGGCUUCGAAGGCGUAGGACUACAUACAGCGGAAAUCGAAGUCUACGAUCACGAGCCAACGCCACCCCCUUUUCUUUCGAGACGAGGGCUCAUACACCCCGGGCUCAUCCACCACUCGGCAUGUCACACUUUCCUGAAGAUUCUGACUCGGACCACGACGAGGAGCGACCAAACACUGGUGGUCUCGGCUCUCUUAUUGGCAGCAUUCGUAGUCAUGCCAGGUCAGUCAUUGUCCCAGGUCGGGUCCGUUCUCCAGAAACAGGGCCUCCAAAUGUUCAGAGCCCAAUGCACCCUGUCCCUUUGACAGAGAUAGCUAUCCCUAUCUACAAAGUUGAUGGUGACAUUACCGAUGGCCCAGAUUAUGGCCAUGGUCAUGACAGAAGCAAUGAAUAUGGGCUUCCUGUCGAACCAAAAACUGAGUAUGAGGGUGCUGCUGGUGAAAGGGAGAGACAUAUCACCAUUGUAGAUGAUGGCACUCCCCAUCGAAUGGGCAGCGGCAGAAGUAGUCUAUAUCCUUCUGUGCCCCCUACUCCACCACCUCAUUCUGCUAAAAGACAGUUCUCUUUUCAAAAUGUGUUUAGGAGAGGACCGACUCAUCCCGAGGAAGAUUUGCCUCCAAGCCGAUCGCCCAUUCUCAGAAGCGGGUUCACAGCUAGGAAAACUAGCCACGGGGCUCAAACAAAGGGUGCUACGGAGGAAGAGAGGUUGGGGCUUGUGAAGGGAGAUACAGCGACUGGAAGGCAACCUACGAUGCCUGAAUUUGACGAGGAAGAAGAUAUCGAAGACGAAGACGAUGAUGAUGACUGGGGUAUUGAGGAUAAGCCGCGCUAUGCGCAGAUUCCCAAUGGAUAUAGAAGAGAGUUAACGCCUCCAAGACGAGGGAGCACAGAAAAAGAAGGGGAAGAGGAGACAAGGAGUCCAGAAGAGCAUUAUGAGCAGCAGAGACGGAAGUGGGAGGCGCGCAGGGGACCACCGCCACCAUUUGAUGAUGGGAAGGGCAAUUCCGGGGCAUUCAUAUAG